CAUUCUUAAUUCGUUAUUUCUACAUUUUUUAUAGUACCUGGUAAACGGUUCGAAAUAAAAGAAGAAGUGUAGGAGAGCAGAAGACUGAGCAUCACUAAGACUGCAGCAGUAGUUCAAGAUGACGGGGUGGACGCUAGAUAACCCUGUCUUCACCAGCUAUGUAUUCUGGUCAGCAGUGCUAGCUGCCAAGAUGCUUAUCAUGGGACCUAUCACAGGAUACUUCCGCGUAACCCGCAAGGCGUUCGCUAACCCUGAGGACGCUGCUUCCAUGGGUGUGAAAGGUACCAAGAUUAACGAGAACGUGGAGCGAGUCAGGAGAGCUCAUCAAAAUGACCUGGAGAACAUCCCAGUAUUCUGGAUGAGUGGACUACUGUACGUGCUCACCCAACCUUCACUCUUCACCGCCAGCGUCCUCUUUCGUAUCUACACCAUCGCAAGGAUCCUCCACACAGUGUUGUACCUGCGCGGCAGCUUCCUCAGGGGCCCCUCAUACAUGGUAGGGAUGGUAGUCAAGAUUAUCAUGGUGGGCACAGUCAUUUACACCUUCUGGUAAAUUCAUGGCGAUCAAGUUCAUCAUGGUUGCCACCAUCAUGUACACCUGGUAAACUCACGCCCUGAGGGACCAAUGUGCCCUCUCAACCUGUCCAGAAGUGGUGUAAUACUAGGUUUUAUCUGGUGUUUUCAUUAUAUUUGUUUUGUGGGAAGAAGGGGAUGAUGAUCAGUAUAAUGCUCAUUUUAUCAUAGUAUUUCGUUUAAAUUGUUAAUUUUUCAUUUGCUUUAACGUCAAUUACCAUGUAACCAUGACUGAGUAUCCCUACCAUGUUAUACCACGUUACCUUAUAUUUUUAUGCACAUGCAUUUGAAAUAUUUAUAUAGUCUCUCCUUUCCGCUUCUUCAGUAAGUUCAUAUUAUAUUCAUGACCAAUGCUAACUCCGUGUUAAAUAUUCUGACAGUUUUGUUUACUAAGAAUGUAAGUGUACGCCAGUUGCCAUUGUUUACAGUGUCAGGAACCAUGGCAUCUAUACUUGAUAUAAAUGUUGCAUUAUGGUGUAGAAGCCAGUAACUUCAUCUUUAAAUGCAGAAUUUUGCGUUACUAAUUUUAAUAUCUAAUUCUUUAUAAAAAUAAAGUUGUAGAUGGACAUGAAGCUUUUUUGUACAAUAAUUAAAAUAAAGGUUAAGUUAUAAUAA